UCCAGGAACCGGCAACCGGCGUCUGUAUGUUGUCUAGUCAGGUGCUGUUCUUCGCUCGCUUGACAGAAGCUGCGUUGUUGCUUCAAGGAACCCUCCACAUUCCCUGUGCAGUCUUCCUCAAGUCGUCAUGGAUACUAAAUCCGCAGCGCAGACUCUCAUGGUAUUAAUGUUAUCGGCUUCGAUUGUGUGGCCUGUGAUGACUUACAUAAUUGCCAAGAUGACAGGAGCGGAGCCAGUCAAGGUUUCAUUAUAUGACGAGACUUACUGCCCGGCAUGUCGCCAAUUCGUCAAGGAGCAGCUAGGACCGACGUGGAAGGAACUCAAUGGUAUUAUGGCAGUCGACAUCGUUGCUUACGGCUGGGCUGAGGAAACACCUCUGGAGACUGGAUACAACUUCACAUGUCAACAUGGACCUGAUGAAUGCACUGGGAACAUGAUACUGGAGUGUGCCAAGGCCCAUGUCUCUCACCGGCACUUUGUCAAACUUGCCAUUUGUUUCAUGAGUGAAGACUCAAAUCCCCUGCCUUCUCCUUUGGUUGUGGGAAGAAAGUGUGCUCAAAGAGUUGGCGCUAAAAACAACUGGUCAGCUAUUAAAACAUGUGCAACUUCAGUUGAGGGCCUGGAGCUACUUCAUGAAGCGGGAGUGAAGUUCCAUUCCCUGAAGGAUCCCGAACCAACUUGGGUUCCCUGGAUCCUUAUCAAUGGGAAACAAAGUGACAAAGCAGAGGAAGACUUGAAGAGCGUCAUAUGUAGCACAUACGAAGGUCAGCCACCUGCUGUUUGUCCGUCGAUCAAAGCUCAGGAAGUUCAAGGCGAUUCCCCGUCAGAUUCCGAGACCCCAAGUGAUUCAAACAAUCAGUCAUCAGUUGUGUGAUUUUCCAGUAUAAAGAUACGACACAGAA